UUUUCAAACGAUAAUAUAUUUUUGAAAAUCCAAUCAAAGUUUCUUAACGGCUAUCUUUCCUAAAUACAAGGUGGGGAUAUAUUAUGGCCAAUCUAGUGUAUCUCAAGAAUACAAUCGAUUGACUGUACGUAGGCUAACACAAGAAACGAUCGAGAUGGUGGGAGCGGAAGAAGAAUGCCGGAGUAACCGACGCGGUCGAGGUUCGCCAGGUUCUCGAAGUUCGUCAGUCGCGUCUAGCCGGUGCUCGGGAUCCAGCCUCUCUCCUACGAAAGAAAAACAGAAGAUCCAGAGAGCGGCCGCUGACUAUUUAUUUAAUUAUUCCGAAAUAACGCAAAGAGAAAAGAAAAAGAUAAAGCGGAUCUAAAUCAACCGGAAAGAAGCAAGUGCCUCAAGAUGAUGAAGUACCUGAUCUUAGCAGCAAUCCUUAUCAUCUAUUCGGUAGCUGGUCAAGGUUACCUUAAUAAGGAUGGAAACGUGACGGUUCCCUGCAUUAAGUAUGAAGAUUGCAGACCAGUGAUACCAAAUAGUAUGAAUACAACUUGCAUCAACUUCGAAUGUUAUUGUUCGAAGAGUGGAGAAGAAUCAGGCAGUCUGUGUAAACCAUCUGAUAUUGCCGUUGUGAGCUCAAAGCAAUCAAAUCCAUUGGUAGCUCGCGUAUGCAAACACUCAAAGGAUUGUUAUUUAAAAAACGGCUUCUGCAAUACCUCCAUAUCACAAUGCGAAUGCUUGACGGGUUUUGUAUCGUCGUCGGAUAGUGAAAGAUGCCUACCGAUUGCGGCUACCAUUGGUUCUACCUGUGAGGACAAUAAGCAAUGUUUGGCUUAUUUGGCAAACUCUACGUGCUCCAAUAUGGAGUGCAAAUGCGUUCCUGGUUACCACUAUGCUAAUUCAAAAUGUUAUAAAUCCGUAGCAUUCGGUGAGUCAUGUAAUUUCAAUGAAGAGUGCAUGAGCAUCAUUGGAGCCGAAUGCAAUGCUGGACUUUGCACGUGUUCCAUCGAUGCAGUUAUCAAUCCCCAAAAUAAUAAUUGUCUGCCACUGGCGCAGAAAAUUAAUGACUUCUGUUCGGAGUCUGUACAGUGCUCCAAAAAAUUCGGUGACAAUUCAGAAUGCAUGGGAGAGAAAUGCGUUUGCCAAGAGCAUUAUCAUUUCGACAACAAAGUACAUCGAUGUGUCGUAAACAAAAGGCUUGGUGAUAGUUGCGAAGGAGAUUACGAAUGUUAUCAGGGUGAAACCGGAUACGAGGAGAAGGCUUUGCAGUGCAUAGCCAAACAGUGCCAUUGCACGACAGGGUUCGAAAAAAAUGAAGAUAAUAUAUGUGUAUCAGGUGCAACCACACUGACGCUUUCGAUGACUCUCAUUCUAUCGUCAUUGCUCUACGUAUCAUUGUAAGAGGAAGAAAACAAAUAUUUCUCAUACCUCAUUACUCAUAUUCGAAUAUGUUUUCGUUCCUUAAUUUCAAAUCUCAAAUCCUCAUUGAGGAGAUGCAUAUGCAUAUAUUUUCUGCCUUGUCUUAGAUACAUAAGUAGGAUUAAUUACAAACUUCCACGAUACUGCACGCUGUAACGGGUUCUGUAACUUUUGUAAAAUCUUAUUUAGCUACAAAUAGUGUCGUACGAAAGAAAUACGUAUUAUGUAUGUUAUUACGCCUAUAAUUUGCACUUACUGUACGGACUGGGUCUGACCGAUUUGUAUGAUUAUCGUACACGAAGUAGAUAGUAAUUAACACAGCGUUAGCAGUACUUAGUAAUACUAUGUAUUGGCUUUAAAAUUAUCUCAGCUAUCUAUCGUUGCACAUCUUUUUUUUUUAAAUAAAUGUAGAAAAAUCA